UAUUUUCCAGGUAAUCGUCGCUUUCACCGCGAUUGUAUCUUUCAGAUGAGGUGGAAGUGAGCAAUUUGCGCAUGGGAAGUUAUCCACGAAAUCACCGACUUGUGAAGACAUAUUUGUACGUGUAUUUCGAGAAUGCCGGGCAUCGAAAGUGAUGUGCCAUUCGAGGUGCUGUGUCAGCUGUUUUCUGACCUCGAGAAGAAAGUUGGACGAGGAAGAAAACGGGAUGAAGCGAAUAUUGCUGAGCGGAAGUUGGAGCGAUUUUUCCUUGAAAUGCGAAAAAAACUGAAAAUUAAUUCUCCGGUUGCGGAUAUUCAGCAGGAACCACCGUCCUUGUAUGGAUUUUUGCGGUUGCUUCUCCCUAAAGUGGAUAAUCAACGUGGUGCUUACGGAUUGAAAGAAAGAAAAAUUGGGGAGAUUAUUAUCAACGUUCUGAACAUCAGCAAAACCUCUGCUGACGCCGUCAACUUGGUACAUUAUAGCAUUCCAACCACAGCUUCAGCUCGUGGAGAUUUUGCAGCAGUAGCCUGCGAGUUUUUGCGCAAUCGUUGUCCAGAAAAAUCGAACCCGUCAAUUACUGUGCAAACUGUGAAUGAUUGGCUCAGUGGUAUUGCGAAGGCCAAUGGAGAGAACGAUCCAGAUGGUCAAAGAAGAAUCCUGAAAGAAUGCUUGCGUUCGUUGACAGCUGUUCAAUUCAAAUGGCUGAUUCGCAUCAUGGUGAAGGACAUGAAAUUGAAGCUCGGAGAAAAGCGAAUUUUCAAUUGCUUCCAUCCUGAUGCGAAGGAUUUCUUUGAUUCGAAUGGAAACCUUGAAAAAGUUGCUGUGAGCCUUCAGGACCCUGGUAAACGUCUUGGAGAGAUCGACGUGACGCUUUUCACGCCAUUUCGUCCAAUGCUGGCUUAUGCAACUGCUCCCCAUGUGUUGAAGAAGGACAUUGACAAAUCUCCGUCAGUGAUGGUUGAGAUCAAGUGGGAUGGAGAACGUUGCCAGAUGCACAAAGAUGGCGAAAAAUACAAGUACUUUUCUCGGAAUAUGUUCGAGUACACGCGGGAGUUUGGCGGGGAUCCGAGCAGUGGUUCCCUGACUCAAUUUAUUCACAAAUCUUUCAAACCCGACGUUAAGACGUGCAUUUUGGAUGGCGAAAUGGUCGCGUGGCACAAAACGUAUCACUCUAUCUCUCAAAAAGGAGAAAAUUUGGAUGUGAAGAAACUGAAACCGUACGGAGACCACCAACCCUGCUUCAUCGUUUUUGACGUUUUGAUGUUAAAUGGCAGACCUUUGGCCAAAGAAACUUUGCGAGAAAGAUACAAAAUUCUGUUUAAUGAUGUUUUUCUGGAGAACCCCGGUCACCUGCAACUGAGUCAACACAAGGAAGUUUCAUCCAAAGAAGAAAUAAUGGAAGAGGUCAAUUAUGCGAUUGAUAAUAACGAAGAAGGCAUUGUCAUAAAACGACCGGAUUCUAAAUACAUUCCUGCUGCGCGCAUAAAAAGUUGGUUGAAGCUCAAACCCGAAUAUAUAGGAUCGAUAAUGGAUGAGCUGGACUUGCUGAUCGUCGGUGGCUAUUGGGGAAAGAAUAGUCAUCAUGGAUUUAUUUCGCAGUAUCUUCUCGCUGUUGCCAUUCCUCCUUCAAAAAUAGGUGACAAGCCAAAAGAAUUUUACACCGUCGGGCGAGUUUCAUCUGGGUUGAAGGAUGAUGCGCGGAAAGAAUUGAGCAAAAAACUCGCUUCAAUUGCCCAUAAAUUGACCGAGGAUGCGAGAGGCAUUGCAGGGAUUGUUUGGACUCGAGAAAAGCCAGAUGUUUGGUUCGAACCGGAGAAAUCUUUGAUUGUGCAAGUGAAAGCCACAGAAAUCGUCAGAUCCGAUACUUACAAAGUCGGGUUCACCUUGAGGUUCCCCAGGAUAACGAAAUUACGAGACGACAAGGGUUGGUUCGAUUGUAUGACGCUGGAAGAGUUUCAUAACUUGCGACGAGGAAAUUCUGGGAAGCUUGUUGCAACUCAAGCUCUUGCAUUCGGUGACUCGGAAGAAGGUUCUUCCGGCGAAGAUGCUGAAAUUACCCCGGGUUCUCCUAAAAAACGGAAACGAACUGCUGCUACGCAACCCCGUGUAUUCACUCAAGCCGCGUCGCAACUUGCGAGUCAAUUUAAGCCUGCUGACGUAUCUUCGAUCCCACAGUCCUCGGAAAUUUUCUCCGGAAAAGAGUUCUAUAUCAUCAGUGGAACGAAAGAAGUCCCGAAGGAUGUUCUGGAGAAGGAAGUGCAUCGUUUCGGAGGAACCUUUACUCAAAACGGGACCGCUGGAAAGACGUACUGCGUGAUUGCCAGAGAUUCCGAAAGCCCGAAAGUGAAAAAUCUUGCACGUUCCCGAAAUUAUGACAUACUGAAGCCGUCUUGGCUGCUGAGAUGCUUGGAAGAUGGUCGGAUUUACAACUGGAGGCCAAUGGACAUUAUUGCCUGCACUUUGGAAACCGAGUUGGCCAUGAAAGACAAUUUUGAUCGAUACGGUGAUUCAUUUUCCGAGGCUGCGACUUUGGAAUCGCUUGAGUAUUCCCUUGAAAGAGUUAAGGCCCUGGAUGAGGAGAAGCUACAUAGGAUAAAACCAUGGGAUGAGUUGGAAAAUUAUUCAAGAAUUUCCUUCGGUUUAAGCACUUGGAACCUGAAGCUUUUUCGAAAUUGUGGCAUUGAACCUCAUUUCCUGUGGAGUUCCGCUUUGCCGAGCUACUCGAAGUUUCACAGACUGAAAAGCCAGUACAAAUACUUCGGAGGAGAAAGUACGACCUUGAAGGCCGCCACGCAUCUGAUUGUGGAUGUUCAUCAUGCUUCAAGUGGUAUUGCUGCAAAGAAAGCCUUGGCGGAGAAAAGAACCGGUUUAAAUUUUGUCGGCAUCCUUCACGUUGAUUGGAUCGAAAAUUCGAUCAGCGCAAUGCGAAUAUUGCCGCUUACCGCAUUUGAAUGCGAAUUGCAUGGAGAUUUUAUGAAGUUGAAGUAUACUUCAGAAGCCGUUUUCUUGGAGUAGACAAACUUUUCUGGCGUGCAAAAUUUUCUGGGUGCUGUUUGAUCCACACGACACAUUAAUUUUGAAGUCACCGGUAUGUUUCAAAUUUUUCACGCUUCGUCGUCUUAUGAGAAAAUUGAAAAUGUUUUCUUGAAAA